AUGUCAGCCGGCCCUCCACCAGGCCACCCCUGGUCUGUCAACGUCGGCAAAAACCCCAACAUCAAUCGCGACCCCCCACCACCCCCGAUUCACGGCUUUGGGGAUCCCAUUCCCCAGGCUCCUCCUGCAGCGGUACCUGCAGCCGCUCCGGGCUCAGCAGCAGCAGUAGCAGGACCACCCCAAGUAGUCGUCGAGCAACAACACCACCAGCAUAACCCCAUCUACGGGCCUCCCUUACCCAUAGGCAUUGCCCCUCCCCUCGGCACAGGCAUAGGUGCGUUUCCACCCGUCCUCCCUCAUCCCCUGGGCCUCAUGGAUCCCUUCCUACUCGGUGGUUUUGCUAUACCACCACCAGGCGGCGGCCCCCUCGCCCCCAUACGCACCGGCAACUUCCUUCCCAACGCUCAGUACGGCAUAGGUUUCGGUCUGCACGCCACAGGCGUAGCUUUUCCGCCGCCGCCGCCCGGCGCCAUGGCAGGUGUGCUACAGCCUUUUGCCGCGCCCGCGCCUCUUUGGAGUCCCGCCGCCGCCGGUGGGUUGGCGUUUGGAAACGUUCCUGCUGCCGCCGGCGUCGUCGCAGGAGUAGUACCUCCGCUAAUGAACAUAAUGGGUGCUGGAGCAGCGACACAGCAUCAUCGUCCCGCGCCGCUCUUCCACGAUGCAAAUAACGGCCAUCACGCCCAGCCUGCACAGGCAGAUGUAUCGCAGAUUGCCGGCGGCAUUCCUCCAGGAGUCAUGCUCGUUGAGUCGGCCGAGCACACGAUUUUCAUGCGCAUCACGGGCAAUGUUUGUCCGUGGUUGUCGCCUGGCGCGUCGUUUGGAAUUGAGCAGCUCGCCGCGGCUAGUACGACUGGGCUAAAUCGCCUCAUUCAGAUUUGCCAUGAUGGAGUUCCCGAUGAGGAGCUCGAGGGCACCGCUGUUACUGAGUGCAUUGAGCUGGGGAAUGGGCUGUGGGAAAAGGGCCAGACGUUUAGGUAUAAUGAUGCUGUGUCUAAGGUGCUGACGCUGAAGGAUGCCGGCUGGGAUAAUACAAGGAACAGGGUUGGCGGGAAUUCGCUGCAUCUGUGGGGUCAUAGGGUCUAA